UCAGAAUAGCCAAACCAAGAAAGAGAGAGAGUAGCCAUGUAUCCUUCUCAUGUUCAAGCCUUAGAAAAGGAAGGAAAGACAGCGUCUCUCCUCCAUUCCAUAAGAAAACCAGCACAAAAGCCAUGGCAGAGGCCAGCAACUGCACCACCGCAGACAAGGGUGUAUGUCGUCGACCCACCUGGCUUUCGUCAGCUUGUUCAGAAGCUAACAGGCGCACCCCAAUUCACGGCCCGACAUCGUCUUGGGCGUGUUGCACCACCGCCUCUUGAUCUUCUUCCAUCACCACCAUCGCUGCCGCCUCUGGAACAUGACCCGCAGUCGGAGUCUGACAGAAUAUCUCCACAGCUACAGCUGUUUUUCUCUUCAGAGCCAAGGACAUGCACGGAAAAUUCCAUGCCUGCGGUCAGCCCAUUUGGGCUCUCACCAUCCUCAUCGUAUUCUUCAUGGUGUUCUUUUCCUCUUCUCAGCCCGGGAACAGUGGCAUCGCUGGAACAAAGCACCGUCCUUUAGGAUCUCUCUCUCUCUCUCUCUCUCUCUCUCUCUCUCUCUCUCUCUCUCUCUCUCUAUCUGAGGAGGUAUCGUGUGCUCAAAGGAUGGUUUUAACACCUUAACGGCAGUGCAUUCAUUUAAUUUUAUUGUGCACUUUCUAAUUUCUCUUAGUAUAAGAGAAAUUCGAAUUCGAAUUUCAUAGAUUGUUAUAAUGCAUUGAAAUUUAAGUUAGUAGCAGUGUUAAUCAAGGAAUGUAAGCUAUUUAUGAGAAUAUUGAAUAUAGAAUUGCUAUUUUUGAAGUGA